AACUAAUCCAUAACUUAAGACAUAUCUUUUAUGAGGAGUGAUUGACUCUUUGAGAUGGGAAUAACUGCAUGAAUUGUGGAGAAAAAAAACAUAUUUUUAUCCAAUCAUUCAUACAGCAUUCAUUGAGGCAGGAUUCCUGGAUCCUAUCUAGAACCAUUCUAACAUUUGCUUGUAUAGACAUCACCUCACUACCACUUCAUCAAACCUCAGUUACUCUUCACCAAUUAACUAACAAUCUGUUGCCUAGCAACUGCUUGCCGUGGAAACUAGCUGCUUUCAAACACUGCAUCAUGUCUAACCAGCUUGCCCAAAAUGCCAAAGGCUCUGGCCGGAAACGUAAAUUUGAUUCCCCUUCGACGUCACCAGCAUCGUCUAAGCAAACUACUUCAUCCGAUGAGACCAUAGCAACCAGUCCUCAUAGAUCAGAGCCAGAGGAUGAUGCAAUGGUGGAGCUUGAUUUCCAAAGUGGGAGCGUUUCAUUCCAUGCAAAGCGUCACAAAUUAUCCAUACCGCCCUCUACAAAAGAUACUAUGAUUAUCAAACCCUCCAUGACUGACAGUCCAAGCCAUGAGGCACAUCUUCGUUGCCAUAAAGAUGACCUUUCAACUGAUACAUGUAUUGCUAGAGUGCAGUGUCAAACCCCACUAACAUCCCCGUCAUCUUAUACCGUUUCACCUUCGAAAGCCCCAAAUGCAUCAUUACCGGCUACAUUAACACCAGCUUCAAGUAUGCUAAUGCCUGCAGACGAUCAACUAACACGUUCGGAGAGUCAGGUUGGGGUUGCUUUGCCGGGCUUACUAAAACAAUCGCUUAUCUCAUCUAGCCAAGAUAUACCCUCACCAAGUUCUCAUCAAAAUGUAGUCUGUCAUCCUAGCUUACACUCACCUAGUAACAUUACUUGCCAGUCAUCAACUGACAAGAAGCUCUUUUGUAGCGAUGAAGAAAAUGCCAAAGAAGAUGUAUCAGGGCUGCGAUUCAUAGAUGAUUAUUACUCAGUAAUGGAUGAAUAUCAUUCAGGGACAGAUCAUGUAAGGGAUAUGCCAAAGGAAUCUUGGGGAGAGGAAAUGGAAAGUGUACAUUUACAGGCUUUGAGAACCUCAAAGACUGUUCCAAGUCAUAUAGAACAGUCUGAUGUAAUGACUGAAAGUAGGGUUGUACAGAGCAACCAGGAAGAAAGCUGUAAGGAUUUUUCGAAGCCUUGUAAACAGGUCGAAGCAAAAGACGUAGAACCUGACAAAAGCCAUGAUAGCACAGUGACUGUCUCAGAAGCAAAGACUUCUGCAAAAAGGACAAGGUCAAGGGACCACUCUCCUGUUAGAGAAACUUUGAAGAGAAGUUCAGCUUUGGGGAAAAUGGUACCGAGAAGUGUCGCAUUACAUGCGCAGGGUGGAAACAUGGGUCCAAGUCAAAUGAGAAGGGCCAAAGCAAGAGAGAGUUCCAGAAAGGCACCUACAUGUAGACAAUCUCUUUUAAAAGUCGGCAAAUCCUCAAGAAGUUGUCCAAUGUCAGAUGAAGAUGACAUCAGUAGCAAAUUAAUAGGACAAACAAGCAAAUCCGAAAGGGAUGAACUUAUGGAGAGUGAGGGUAGCGAUUCCGUAGUAGGUGAUGCGGAAAGGGAAGAUGUCCUUGGGACAGAAUGUUCAUCUUCCAAAGAAUUGGCAGUUAGGACAGAACUAGCGUUAUUAGAAGAAGAUGAAAUGGAAGUGGACAAUGAAUGUCCGGUUGGUAAGGAGCAUCAUGAGCAUGAUAGUAUGGACUGCUUGGCUUAUAAGGGAGAUGAGAUUGUUGAGGCUGAAGGGAGGAAGGAGGAGACAGGUGGGGAAGGGUCAUCAGGUGGUCCAUUUCCAGGGUUACCAGAGUCUUUCUCUGGACUUCAAGAAUCUGGUCUAGCAGCUAUUGAUCUCUUUCCUACAGAUGAAGAGUUUGGUGUCGAGACGAUCAGACGGAGGCGAGCCCUCUUGGGUGCCGACAAGGGAGGAAGGGAUAGUCUUCUCAAAGAGGCGACCAGGAAGCUUUCCCUCAAGGCAAAGAAGAGGAAGCGGCGGACAUCGGACAAGUCCGGCGGUGAUGGGUCGGUGAUCGGUGGAGGGCUAGACGAGGGAGACGACAAAAAGCAGAAGAGAGUCGCACCAAACUACUUUGUUGCCAUCCAGGUGUGCAGUCCAGAGAUUCACCAAGCUCUUCAGAAUGUGCAGCAGACAGUGAUGGCAGGAGAUGAGAAGCUGAAGGAUGCUAUGGUUCCCAUACCAACGCUUCAUCUGACCAUCAUGGUCAUGCAUCUAGCUAACGAUGAAGAUGUAGAAAGAGCCAAGCUAGCCUUGAUGGAGUGCCAUCGGUUACUAGGUCCAGAGAUCACCCGCAAGAAACUCAACGUGUGGUUCCAUGGCUUAGGACACUUCAACAAUCAGGUCAUGUUCGCUAAGAUCAAGGACAUCGAUGGGAUCCUCGACACGCUCUAUAAUGUAGCAGAAACUGUUGAGAACUGCUACCGACGCCAUGGCAUCCAAUCCACCGGAGAGAGAGGGUUCAAGCCUCACCUCACCGUCAUGAAACUCUCUCGCGCCCCUAGUCUGCGCAAGAAGGGCGUGCGUCGCAUCAAGUCUGAGCUCUACCGCCAACACAGUGCGACGGUGUUCGGGAACCAACCGGUCAGUGGUUUUCAGCUGUGCUCUAUCAACAAACCAAAGAGCGAAGACGGGUACUACUACAAAGCACACGAGGUGCUCUUUAAUGAAGAUGUUUCACCAAUCCCUGACCCCUUUGACUUGACUGGCAUGGAUGAUGGUCCAAAGGGGCCAAUCACAGAGCACGUCUCAUCCAGUGUCAUAGAGGAAGAGCCUAAAGAACCAAUGACAGAGGGUGUUUCAUCUCCAGUGGAGCCCUCUGACAGUCGAGCAGCCAAUCAGACAUCUGAAUCCCUUGAAGCCAAAGAAGCAUCACAGACUCCAGAUACCGAGCCCCAGACAUCACCCACUGCCAACACAGAGGGCGACAAACCAUCCACAUCUGCACCUACUUGAUGUCACUUCAAGAUAGUGUCUUUGAGAGAAGCACAGUGCCUUAAAACAGCGCAUGGCUUUUAGCUGUGUAUUUAUUUAUAUGCAACUGCUCACAAGUAAAUGAAAUGAAUAAGUUGUACUAUAAGUCGAUAGUGAGUAUUUUGUAAAUGUUUAUGAAUGAUUCCCUGUGGGGAGAAUGUGUUCAUAAUACGUCUGAAUAAUCUUGAUUAUGUAAUCUAUACAUGUCUAUGUAAUGUUGUCUUUGAGAAAGAAUCUUGUAAAGGAAAUGAAUUUUGUAAACUUGAUGAUGAUGAUGAUGAUGAUGAUGAUGAUGAUGAUGAUGAUGCUGCUGCUGCUGCCAACGAUAUACAUGUAGGCAAUAC